AUGUUACANGUGAAAUCACAACAUGAGCUUAGACAUGGUGAUGUUGUGAGGGGAGGAUACGAGCUUAUUGAACCUGAUGGUCGCUUCAGGAAAGUGGAGUACAAGGCCGAUGACCACACUGGGAUGCCAAUGAUUACUAGUCAACAUUUUGAUGCGUAUAAAUACUUGAAGAAUACCAUCCGAUGUUACAUGUGUUCGGAACAUCAAGAUAACAUAAUGUUUGCUAAGGUGCUAAUUUUGUUGAGCAUAGCUGUGUGCGUGCUAGGAGGCGGCCAUGCUACCUCAGAACAGAAAGUCGUAGUUCGACACAAGAAAAUAAUAAAUGCUGAGAAGAAAUCGGACGAAUACGCAUGGUCGUAUCCAUCAUACGAGUUCUCUUAUAAAGUACAUGAUCCACACACACAUGACAAAAAAGGACAAUCCGAGAACAGAGAGGAUGAUGAGGUGAAAGGCGAAUACUGGCUGAUUCAACCUGAUGGUCAUAAACGUAUCGUUUCUUACCAUGGGGAUAAGAAAUCAGGUUUCAAUGCCGACGUCAAAUACUCCGAGCCCCACAAACAUAUUGAUGAAGAAAAGAAAUCUCACCACAUCCCGCACUACCCUGAAGUAGAGCAUAAAAACAUUAUUGUUGAUUACAAGAAAGAAGAAAAAGAAGAAGGAGAAAAACACGAAGAAGAAGAAGAAGAACGGGAUAACAAAGAAGAAGACAAAGACGGCCAUUCUUCUGUUAAUUUAGGUGAAUACGAGCCACUGCCUUAUCGAGCUCCUGUAGUACACAAGAUCAGAGAAAACUACCACCAUCCUCAUUACUACAGAAAAAAUAGAAGGUCCUAG